ACAAAGAUAUGAGGAUCUUCACAAAGCUCUCUGAACCACUCUGCCUCCUUUUUGUCUUCCUCUGUCUUAAAACUGCCUUCUCAUCCUCUAUGCAUGCUUCUUCCUUCUCAACAAUGCAUCUCUGCCCUCAUGAGGAGGCUCUUGCUUUGCUGCAAUUCAAAACAUCCUUCUCGAUCGAUUACACUGUUCAUCAUUGUGAGCAAAAUUAUUCUAAGAUUGAGUCAUGGAAGGAAGGUAUAGACUGUUGUUCCUGGGACGGGGUUAGCUGUGAUAAUGUCACAGGCCAUGUAAUUGCCCUUAAUCUCAGCUGCAGUUUCCUUUAUGGCACCUUUCCUUCCAACAGCACUCUUUUCUUCCUCAGAAACCUGCAGAGCCUCAAUCUUGCCUUGAAUGAUUUUAGGCUUUCCAAGAUUCCACCAGAAAUCAGUCUGUUUACUAGACUAAAGCAUCUUAAUAUCUCUUAUUCUCAGUUUUCUGGUGCCAUUCCUUUUCAUGCCAAUUACUUUGAUGGAAAUAUACCCUUUGGGUUUGCAGAGGGCUGUGGAUUACGAAAUCUCAACUUACAUGGAAAUCAAGUGGAUGGCUUAUUACCAAUGUCUUUGGUGAAUUGUCGCAUGUUAGAAGUUCUAGACGUUGGCAACAACAACAUAAGUGAUACAUUCCCUCAUUGGUUGGAAUCUCUACCACACCUUCAAGUGCUUCUCUUAAGGUCCAACAAGUUUCACGGUUCUGUGCAGAGCACCAAAGAAAGUCCAUCUUUUCCCAAGUUGCGUGUUCUGGACCUCUCCAGCAAUUAUUUUGUUGGUGCUUUGCCUGUUCGGUACAUUGAAAAUUUUAAUGCAAUGAUGGACCCUCAUAAAGACGGUGGUUCCCCUGAAUACAUGAUGGUGUCGACGAAAGCCAAUCCUUAUCAAUAUUCACUGGUUGUGACAUGGAAGGGAUUCGACUAUGAGCUGCAGGGAAUCUUGACCUUAUUCAGUAGUAUUAAUCUCUCAAAUAACAUGUUUGAGGGAGAAAUUCCAGAUGUUAUUGGAAAGCUUAGUUCUCUCAAAGCGCUUGAUCUUUCUUAUAACAACCUUACUGGUCAUAUCCCACCGUCAGUAGGGAAUUUGACGAAUCUGGAAUGGUUGGAUCUCUCUUCCAACAAGCUGGGCGGGGAAAAUUCCUGAUGAAUUGGUAUCUUUGACACAACUCUCUGUAUUGAAUCUUUCAAAUAAUCAUCUUGUCGGGCUCAUACCACAGGGCAAUCAGUUCAACACCUUUGGAAAUGGUUCUUAUGAAGGAAACCUUGGACUGUGUGGAAUCCCAUUGUCAAAAUCUUGUG